UCCAUUGGCAGGGACCUCUCUGGACGCCUAUAGCUUUCCCUAGCACCAAGGAUUCUUCCAUGGCGGCAAUCUGCCAUGGCUGCUUGUGUUCUAGAAGAGAAAUGGUGGCUUCGAUUUGUGGCUUUGGAGUGGCAUUAAAUUCUUCUUGCGCCGCCGCGGCGAUUCUUCCGCAAGGCCCGCCACCAGCGGAGAAGAACGAAUUCGUCCAAAAGCUCCUGGAAAGAAGUAAAGCCAACAAAGAGAAGAACGAUAGAGAAAGGCUGGAAAGCUACUACAAACGCAACUACACAGACUACUUCGAAUACAUCAAGCGUACCACCAAGAACAAGACGCUCUCUCCAACCGAAGAAAAGAUCAACGCCUGGCUUGACAAGAACAAGAACAAAAAAUAGGAUUUUUGUCGACGAGGAUUGUCAAGAAAUACAAGCUUUCGUGUAUGUGGAAUUCCA